CAGGUGUCCGCUUUUGCGGCAGCACAACCGUCUCGAAGAGUGGAGAAGAAGAGACGAAGGCGCCACCGCCGCACCGAGCUCAGCGAUGGCGGCGGAAGCUUCGAGAACAUCGGAGGCGCGCCGCGACGCCGUGUUCGGCCGCUGGGUCGUCUUCUCGCCGGCGCGCUCGCGGCGCCCCACCGACCUCAAGUCGCACGCCCCCGCCAACCCUAGCCCCGGCGCCGGCGCCGCCGCCGGCGCCCCCAAGCCGUCCUGCCCCUUCUGCCAGGGCCGCGAGUCGGAGUGCGCGCCGGAGAUCUUCCGCGUGCCGGCGCCGCCCGACGCGUCGCCCUGGCGGAUCCGCGUCAUCGAGAACCUGUACCCGGCGCUGCGGCGCGACGCCGAGCCGCCGGCGCCGGAGGAGGCGGGGGAGGGGGAGGCGACGCCCGGGGAGCGCGCCGUGGUGGGGUUCGGGUUCCACGACGUGGUCAUCGAGACGCCGCGCCACGACGUGCGGCUGUGGGACCUGGACGCGGCCGGGGUCGGCGACGUGCUGCUCGCGUACGCGCGCCGCGUGCGGCAGCUCAUGGAGCACCCUGCGGUGAAGUAUGUACAGGUAUUUAAGAACCAUGGUGCAUCUGCUGGGGCCUCAAUGGCACACUCACAUAGCCAGAUGUUAGGAACUCCCUUUGUCCCUCCCUCUGUUACCACCCGGCUUAACUGCAUGAAGGAGGUUUUCGAGAGAUUGGGGAAGUGCAGCCUUUGUGAGUUCCAGUCCAAGGAUAUUUUGGUCCGUGAAACACACAAUUUUUCUGCAAUUGUCCCUUUUGCAGCAUCGUAUCCUUUUGAGAUAUGGAUUAUUCCCAGACAGCAUAGUUCCUAUUUCCAUGAAAUAGACAAGGAUACGGCACUGGAUCUUGGGUCUUUAUUGAGGACCAUGCUGGCAAAGUUGUCUAAGCAGCUCAACGACCCUCCAUUCAACUUUAUGAUACACAGCGCACCAUUUGGAGUCUCAUCAUCCUGUCUUCCUUACACACAUUGGUUCCUUCAGAUAGUGCCCCAGUUGAGUUUAAUCGGUGGAUUUGAGAUUGGAAGCGGAUGCUACAUUAAUCCAGUUUUUCCUGAAGAUGCCGCAAAGAUUCUGUGGGAGCUUGACUGCUGAUUUUAGUUGCCACACGUUUGGCAUCCGAUUGUUUCUUUGCUUUACACCGGAACAAUGGACAUGUUCCACCACAGUUUUCCUUUUUGUUCAGAAAAAGUACUAUGCUAAUAAUUCGACUUGAUGGUUAACUCCAUAUGUAACACUGGCUCUAUUAUGGAUGAAAGGGGUAUUUGUUCGAUGUCAUGUAAUUUGAAAAUCGAACUUAUCACCAGUCCUCACACAAACAGGCUCUCAGAGGUUUGAUUCUCACAUAGAUUGACAUAUAGUAGUAUGUGGGUAUCUUUUCUCUGAUGGCCCUUUUUGUGAAAUGCAAUUUUUCGCUCA